GCUUCUCCCUCUUUUGUCUGAAAUGAACCACUGUGAAGAAGAAGAAGAAAAGAGUGCGAGAAGAAAGAUAUAAUUUUUAAAGAAGAAUGUAUGAUUUGCGCCAUUUCAUCUCCUUCACCGUCUCUUUGAGUACCCACUGAUCAGAAAUUUAGAGAUAUGCGUACUUUUCAGCGCCUCUUUUGGUUGAAUAGAAGCAAAAGGAGGAGGAGGAGUUUCAGUGCCUGUCCUCUCCCUAUUCCUAAUCACCCUCAUCCCACACCUGUUUUGAACAGCGUAAGUGAUCACGAUUCUUACUGUCUAUCCCUUGCAGACCAACUAGUUCGUCGUGGUCUUUUACCAUUAGCCCAGGAAGUUAUUCGCCGAAUUAUACUUCGAUGUUCUUCAAUUUCCGAUGCAAUUUCGGCUUAUGAUUUUGCAUCAGUACGUGGGUUGGAGCUUGAUUCAUCUUCCUAUGGUGCGUUAAUGGGGAAACUGUUAAGUUUUGGUGAAUACAAGAUGGGGAAAGCACUGUAUCAUGAGAGUGUUGGCAUUACAGGUACUCAUUCUGAUGCAUUAAUGUUGAAUUCCAUGGUGUUGUGCUGUUGUCGAUUAGGAGAAUUGGAAGAAGCAAAAAUCUAUUAUGAUAAACUCGUUGAAAUGGAUCAUAUUCCUGUUAAACGCACAUGUAGUAUCUUGAUUCAGAUGCUUUGUGAACAAGAUGAAUUCUUGGAUGCGUUAGAUUACUUUGUUGAGAUCAAUAAUGCUGGAACUUUGUUAAGUUUACGGAGUUAUAAUAUGCUUGUUAAUGGUUUAUGUGACCGAGGAUAUCUAGAUGAAGCCCUCUACGUGUUCGAUACAAUGCUUGAAAGAGAUGUUCCUCCCACCCUACACUUGUACAAAUCUCUAGUUCAUGGUUUUUGCAAGAGAGAAAAGAUUGACCAGGCUAUAACUCUAUGUGCAGAAAUGGAAUCCCAUGGAUUUUGUCUUGAUAAGGUCAUUUAUACAAAUCUUAUUAGGGUUUAUUGCAAAACUAAGGAACUGAAGAUGGCAAUGUUGUUAUUUCUCAGAAUGCUUAAGAUGGGCUGUGAACCCGACACUUGCACUUACAACACGCUAAUUCAUGGGUUUUUCAAUCUUGGUAUGCCGGAAAAGGGUUGGAUGAUUCAUAAUCAGAUGGUGGAAUUUGGCAUCAAGCCGAACUCUACAACAUACAAUAUAAUGAUUUCCAGAUACUGCAAAGAACAGAACAUCGAUUGUGCCUUGAAGCUUUUAGAUGUUUCUCCUUCAGUGCAUUCCUACACGAACAUAAUCUCCACUCUAUAUGAGCACAAUAGACUAACCGAAGUGAAUGAUCUGUUACACCAGAUGCUUGAGAAACAGGUUGUUCCUGACCAUGUCUUAUUCUUCACACUCCUCAAAAGACAACCGAAAGGUGGAGAAAUUAGACUUGCUCUCUCUUUAUUGCAGGCAGUUCACCAUUCUUUUCUUUCUUCUACAUUGGAAGUUGAAAUUGAGCAUCUCCUAGAUAAAAUUCUGAGAACCAACAUUGAUUUAGCAGGGCCUGCACUAAAUAUAUACACGAUGGCCCUAUGUGCAACGGGAAAAAGAGACGAAGCUUCACUUUAUUUGGAUAAAAUGGUGAAUCAUGGAAUUCAGCCAUCAAUUUCAACUUAUAAUUCCUUGAUCAAGUGUCUAUUCCAGGAAGGGCUAGUCGAUGAUGCCAAGUAUUUACUAGAACUGAUGCAAGAUAAGGGGACGGUUCCUGACAUGGCGACUUACUUGAUAAUGGUAAACGAAUAUUGUAAAAAAGGCGACGUGGAAUCUGCAUACGAUAUUCUCGAUGAAAUUUACAUUAGAGGGAUGAAGCCGAGCGUGGCUGUUUACGAUUGUGUUAUCGGUUGUUUAAGCCGUGAGAGAAAAAUAUUUGAAGCAGGAGAUGUAUUCAAGAGGAUGCUCGAGGAUGGUGUUGACCCCGAUAGGAUCAUUUUUGUCACGAUGAUAAACGCGUUUUCGAAGAACGGGCGGGCGGUUUACGCCCGCCAACUGUUUGAUAAAAUGGUGGAGGUGGGAAUACAGCCAGACGAACGUGCCUACACUGCUCUUAUAAACGGCCUGAUUAGAAAAAACAUGCCUUCGAAAGGUUGUUUGUACGUUGACAAGAUGUUACAAGAUGGGUUAGUUCCGAACAAUGUGUUUUACACUUGUAUGAUUAACCAGUCGUUAAGGAAGAGGGAGCUCGAGUUUGCCUUAAGAUUGUUUGAUUUGAUGGAAUGGUCUCAUAUCGAGGUUGAUUUAGUAACUUGCAUUUCAUUAAUCAGCGGGGUUAGUAGAAAUAUUCGAUCCACAAGCAGUCGAUACGUUACUCAAUGGAAUUCAGGGGCGAAGGAGGAUUUGUUUGGUUUGCUCCGUAAACAGAAUGUUUUGACGAAACCGAGCAGAAGAAACUUUAGCCAAGAAGGUAAGAUGAAGAUCCUCUCGAAACUGCUUCACAGAAUAAAAGAAACUAAAUACAUGCCAAACUUGUAUUUGUAUAACGGAAUAAUCAACAGUCUUUGUUCUGCAAACAUGACUGACGAAGCAUAUAACCAUCUCGACGAAAUGCUAAGAGAGGGUCUUCUACCAAAUCAUGUGACUUUCACUAUUCUUAUCGAUCAUCAUAUUCGAGCAAAUGAUAUUAGCCAAGCUAUCAGAUUGUUUACAAUGAUGAACGAGUACGGUUGUAAUCCAGACAGGAUACUGUACAAUACUUUGAUUAAGGGACUUUGUAAGGCGGAGCUGACAGUCAAUGCAUUAUUAUUGUCAUAUACUAUGCGUAAACGAGGAUUCUACCCAUCAAAGGAAGCUUAUGAGAAUUUACUCAACAGAUUUUGUAUUGAUUACUCGACUGUUUAUGCCGUGAGAAUUGUGGAAGAUAUGCUUGCCCAUGAUUUUGUUCCGAGACAGUAUAAUCUUAAAUUGUUGAUUUGCUUGUUGUCUAUAGAAAGUAGAUUACUUGUAUAUGAAAUGAUAGAUACGAAAAAGGCCAUGUUGGAAGAAAAGAAGCUUCGAAGGGUAAAACUUCUGGAUUAUUUGAAUCCAGCUUCCUGUCUUAUAUUAUCAUAUCCUCCUCCUCAGCAGAGAAGCUUUGGAUUGCUUUCAUGAUGAAUAGAACAAUGCAGUGUCAAUUCAGAAGAAAUUUAUUUCUACCCACAUUUCACCAGAAAGCAGAUUACAAGAUUCUUCUGUUGUAUGGGAAAUGAUAGCCUUGUUGGAAGAAAGGAAGCUUCUAAGGGGUCUGGAUUAUUUGAAUUCAGCUUCCUGUCUUAUAUUAUCAUAUCCUUCUGAUAACAAAGAAGCUUUGGAUUGCUUUCAUGAUGAACAGAAGAAUCCAUUUUGGAUGCUGCAUGCAGUGUCAAUUCAGAAGAAUUUGAUUUCUACCCCGUUUCUACCAGGUCAAUCGCCUGGAUUCCUGGUUGGUCUUUUUGGUCAAAUUGCGGGGUUAUCUCUAAGGGGAAUAUUUGGAUAUAGCGACCUGAAUGAUUAUUCGAAAGAAAAGCAACUAGAUUCGAUGGUGGAUGAAUUAGGCUUCUAGCUCUGCAAAGGAAAGCGAAAACAGGGGACCGCGAAAAAUGGGGACCACAAGCAACAAUUAACCGUGAUUCAAAUGGAGGCUUUUUGCUGCUUGUGUUGCCCGAACCAUAAAGAUCAAACGCCAAAUAUUUGGUUUGAGUUUACUAGAAGGGUGACAAUCGGCUUGCAAACGCCAUUGCUAAUCUGGCUAAAGAAUGUUCUUGCAUGAUUCAUGGUUGGAAGAUCAGCCCAUCCUCCUCAAAAAGGAGUUUGUGUAGGUCAGAAUCAUGCGGCACUGUCUUGUUGCUUCGCUACAUCGCAAAUGGUGAAUGAAAAAUCCUUAUAUGACGCAUCCCCGAAGGUGAGAAUC